AUGACAAUCCACCGCAAGGCGGAUUUGGAACCAUUUACAAUCGAGAAAACAGUAAAUUCUGAAGAAGAAGUUCGCCCAGGCGAUCGGGAGCACUACAGCAAUCCGGAAGAUGAAACUCAUAGGACUCUGUCGAGCAGACACAUACAGCUAAUAGGAAUUGGAGGUUCAAUUGGGACGGCCAUCUUCGUGCAAAUAGGUGCAGCUCUGACACACGGCGGCCCCGGAAGCCUUUUCGUCGCCUUCACGUUUUGGUCAACAGUCGUGCUGGCGAUCAAUAACUCCCUAGCGGAAAUGGUCACAUGGAUGCCCAUCUCCUCGCCGUUUAUACGUUACGCAGAUCAUUUUGUCGAUUCUGCUCUAGGUUUCAUCGCCGCCAUCAAUUUCUUCGUCAACAUGGGGAUCAACGUACCCUUCGAAAUAACCGCUUUCAACUUGACCUUACAUUUCUGGACGGAUAGGAUCCCAAUAGUGGCAGUCAUAUUUUUUGUCCUUCUGUGCUACUUACUCUUGAAUAUCUUUGCGGUGAAGCUUUACGGAGAGGCGGAAUUUUGGCUGGCGCUUGGUAAAGUCAUCCUUGCUGUCGGCCUCAUUUUCUUUACGUUUGUCGUAAUGGUUGGCAGGAAUCCUUUGCAUGACGCAUUCGGGUUCAGGAACUGGGAUCCGUCCCGUGUCCAGCCUGAUUUACUCCACAAGGGAGCACCAUUUGCCGAGUACGUCAAAAAGGGCUCUCAAGGUCGAUUCAUCGGGUUCUUGAACUGUCUGGUCCAAGCUGCAUUUACCCUCGUGGGACCCGAAUUCAUUUCAAUGACAGCUGGUGAAGCCGCUAACCCCCGAACCGUCCUUCCACGUACAUUCAAGCAUACCUACGGCCGUCUUUUGAUCUUCUUCGUAAUUGGGUCCCUCUGCGUGGGUAUUCUGAUCCCAUACAACGACCCGAACCUCCUCUCCGCUGCUACGAAUCCUCAACCAGGAGCCGGAUCGUCUCCAUAUGUGAUCGCUAUGCACAACCUACGAGUCACCGUGUUGCCCCAUAUCGUAAACGCUUCUGUUUUGUUAUCGAUAUUCUCGGCAGGCAAUAAUUUCAUGUAUAGUGCAAGUAGGGUGCUGUUGGGGAUGGCUCUGGAGGGGAAGCUGGGGGCACUGAGUGAACGGUUUAGCAGAUGCACCUCUCACGGAGCCCCGAUUUGGUGUGUUGCUGCGACAAGUCUGUUCGGUUUGUUAGCAUUACUUGGCGUGUCCAAUACCUCGGCGGUUGUUCUGCAGUGGUUCGCAGACCUCAUUACCGUGUCUUACACCUUCAACUAUUUUUGCAUAGCAAUCUCAUACCUCCGGUUCUAUUAUGCUCUCAAGGCACAAAACAUCUCGAGGGACACAUUACCCUACAAGGGACCUUGGCAACCCUAUUGCGGCCUUUACGCCCUAACCCUCUGCUCCAUUAUGCUCGUCAUCCAAGCAUAUUCUGUAUUCAUGACUGGAAAAUGGGACGUCCCCACCGUCAUAUUUGUAUACGCCCUAAUUGUGGGGCUUCCUCUGCUCUUUAUCGGAUGGAAGCUCCGCAAGAGCUCAAAGUUACGAAAGCUAGAAGACAUCUCGUUUUUCGCACAAGAACGUGCCAAAGUAGACGAAUAUGAAGAGAACAGUAUGUUGAAUUCCAUUGGGAGGAGGAAAGGGUGGAUGUUAAAGGUCGUCGACUGGGUAUUGGGAACGUGA